UCUAAAACAAGCACAGCUCUCCCUCGCUCCCCCCGUCUCUCUCCUCACUUUCUCUCUCUAGAAUGGGUUCAGAGACGGCUGAUCUUCCGUCGGCGAUGAGAGAUUUCAUUGAUAAAUGCGGCGGCUGCGCCGUUAUCGACGGCGGCCUGGCCACCGAGCUCGAGGCCAAUGGCGCUGAUCUCAACGAUCCUCUCUGGAGCGCUAAGUGCCUCCUCAGCUCUCCCGAUCUCAUUAGAAAGGUCCAUUUAGACUACCUAGAAGCGGGAGUGAAUAUCAUAACUUCAGCAUCCUAUCAGGGUACUAUUCAAGGUUUUGAAGCUAAAGGAUUUUCUAGAGAAGAAAGUGAAGCUUUGCUGCGUAAAAGUGUUGAAAUCGCAUGUGAAGCACGAGAUAUAUUCCAAAAGAGAGAUUCAAAAGUCUCCUAUAGUGACUGUGAAAGUAAAAUUUCUUCCAAACAACAACCAAUUUUUGUAGCAGCUUCUGUGGGCAGCUACGGUGCAUAUUUGGCUGAUGGUUCUGAGUAUAGUGGAGAUUAUGGCAAAUCAGUUACCUUGGAAACUUUAAAAGAUUUCCAUAGAAGAAGAGUUCAAGUUCUUGCAGAAUCUGGUGCCGAUCUAAUUGCAUUUGAGACAACACCAAACAAGAUUGAAGCCCAGGCUUAUGCUGAACUCCUUGAGGAAGAAAAUAUAAAUAUCCCAGCAUGGUUUUCCUUUAAUUCAAAGGAUGGAGUUAACGUGGUUAGUGGAGACUCCUUAACUGAGUGUGCUUCUAUUGCUGAUUCAUGCAAGAAAGUUGUGGCAGUUGGAAUCAAUUGCACACCUCCCAGAUUUAUUCACAACCUAGUCCUCUCAAUUAAAAGGGUACUAUUAUUCACCUGCCUAAACAUUUUUCCAAUGAAAUGUUACGGUGUUGAUCCACUGGUUGGUUUUUUGGUUAUGCUAUUGUAUGUUUCUGCAAUACUUGGAGUUCUUCUCACUCAUGUGGUGCCUCGAUCCUCCGCUGCUGCUGACCGUAGGCGCGGCCAUGCUGCUGCUGCUGGCCCUGACCAUGAUUAUGCUGCUGACCGUGUCCUCGACCUUGCUGCUGGCCUCCUCUUGGUGCGCUACGGCACUCUGCUGCUCUGUGCCCAAAUUUCUGACAGUUGUGGCAUGUCCCCUGCAAUUUGUGUUGCUGCUGCCUCCUCUGAUCCUGCGGUGGUCUUCUCUUGA